UCAUUGGUCCAUGUCACUGCAGUGUGCCUCCCCCUAGGCCGCUGCAUCAGGAAAGACUCUUCAUCGCGGAAUUCCUAUCUCGGCUGGGCUUUGCCCCUCACCCGUCUCGACUACAAUACUAACCCCUUGCACAGCUUUAUUUUGUGUGCAGCAGUGAAAUGGAGGAGAAGGGGUAACAUUCUGUUGCUGCGGUUCCGUCCUCAAGGGGAGGAGCCAGUUGUUGAUUCUACGCUGCAAAAAUAAGGCGCUGUACUGAGGUGAAGGACUGCCAACAGUGGUGAGGAGGCCUCCAAUGAUGGGGAGCCAACCAGUUCUGGACUAAUUCACACCUAGUGAACUGCUGUGUAACUGAAGGAAAAGAAAACUGAAGAGACACAAAGUAAACCUGAUAGUGAUGUUUUCCUCAGGCAGGGAUUAUCUACUCCCCAUCAUCUCCCUCUCCAAAUCUAUCUCUUCUCCUCAUUCGUACAGCCAGUUAGGUGUCCAACUUCAAGACUCUGAGCUGUGAGAGCUCAUUGUGCUGAUUUGAUCUUACACACACACACACACACACACACACACACACACACACACACACACACACACACACACACACACACACACACACACACACACACACACACACACACACACACUAAAACAAACACACAGACACGCAUGCACAUUCACACUUUUGCGUCUUGCUCAUGGUCGUUGGCUUGUCUUUCCCAGCUGCUGCUCCUGCUCUACUUUUAGACCAUGAAGAGGCCAAAGCAGCAAACAGGGCCCCUGAGCUUUCUAAACUUUUUCAGCCGAAAGCCCAAAUCAGAACCAAGGUCCGAGAAGCCUGUGGAAGCGUGGCCCAAAGAGGAAGUAGCCAUUACCCUGACACCAAGCGAACAUCCAGAGCAGGACCCCAACUUCAGAGCAGAAGAAGGUGGGGACAUAAGCGUUUCUGGAGCAGAAAAAGGAGAAGGAGGAGGUUCGCCAGCAGCAGAUGAGGUUGACGAGAAGGGUGCUGCUGUCACAGGCGAGUACAUGGGCAGAGUGAGCAGCCGCUCCACUGGUGUCUUGUCCCUCUCUUCUUCCAGCCAAGAGCAGCUACUGGAUGAACAUCUGGAGGAGUGCCCUCUGUGCCUGCUCAGUCAACCACGAUGCCACUUCCCACGACUCACCUCCUGUUCCCACAGGGCAUGCUCUGACUGCCUACGUCAGUACCUGCGCAUUGAGAUAUCUGAGAGCCGGGUGGGCAUUGCUUGCCCGCAGUGCUCUGAAACACUGGCACCGCUUGAUGUUCGUGCCAUUCUGAAUGACCAGUCACUGCUAGAGAGGUUUGAGGAGUACCAGUUGAGGCGUUUUCUGGCUUCUGAUCCAGAUACACGCUGGUGUCCCGCGCCUGACUGCAGCUAUGCAGUGAUAGCUUACGGCUGUGCAGAGUGUCCCAAGCUGAUCUGUGGCCGUAAAGGAUGUGACACUGAGUUCUGCUAUCACUGUCGGCAGCUGUGGCACCCCAACCAGACAUGUGACCAGGCCCGGCGUCUGCGAGCCCGCCACACCUCAGGUGUCAAUGAUGCCUCCAUGCUUUACAUCUUCAAUGAAGAACCUGGAGGAGAAGCAGAAGAAAUCAAAGCAUGCCCUCGCUGUGGUGCUUAUAUCAUGAAGACCAAUGAUGGCAGCUGUAACCGUAUGAAUUGCACUGUAUGUGCCUGUCAGUUCUGCUGGCUGUGUAUGCAGGAGAUCACGGACGUGCACUACCUCAGUCCUUCAGGAUGUACAUUCUGGGGAAAGAAGCCAUGGUCUCAAACCCGCAAGGUACUAUGGCAAGUGGGCAUGUUGCUUGGAGCACCUGUGGUCAUCUCUCUAAUAGCGGGCAUCGCCAUCCCAGUCAUCAUUGUGGGCAUACCAAUAUACAUGGGCCGCAAGGUCCAUGGUCGUUGUAAGAAAACCAAUAUCUCAGGAAGUAAACACUACUUGACUGUGGCAAGUGGGGUGAUGAUGUCAGUGUUUGUUUCGCCGGUCAUAGCAGCUGUGACUGUGGGUGUAGGUGUGCCUCUAAUGCUGACUUACGUCUAUGGGGUUGUCCCCAUGUCAUUGUGUAGGAAUGGUUGGUGUCGACCACAGACUGAGCCCCCUGAAACACAGAAAAUCCAACUGGAAGACUUAGCUAGCUUCAGUGAUCACUGGAUGGGGCAGAACAACUCAACACUCAGCGAUACCAGUGUCCGGGAAGUCAGAGUCAGUGUACAGGAUGUCGGUGUCCUCCCAAGUACGAGCACCACACCUCCGGAGCGAGAUAAAUAUGUAGAACUGGAUGAAGCCACAAAACGCCAUGGAUACACUCAGCAGGACAGCCAGUCUGACUGUGAUGUGAUUAGUGUGCCUGACAGUAACCUUCAUGACACACCAGCGCUUACAUUGAGGGAAGGAACCAAUAACCACAGGGAAGGAACCAAUAUUGAGGUUCGUGUGGAAAUUGAGACCCAUCCCCGAGGCGCCCGCCAGUCCAGCCUAAGUAGCAUUCUGUCUAGCAGAAGCUUGUCAGUGGAGUCAAUGGGACACUUGCAAUCCCAAUCCCAAGACUACAUGUGUGCCUCUGAACUAGAAGACAGACAAAAGUGGGGAGGAAGAGAAGGAGAGGAGCAGGAGGGACAAGAGAAACCCGGAGGGGAAACAGAAGACGAAGGGACAGUUUUCCCAGUCUUUCAAACAGAUGAUGUAUGAGAUUCUUUCAUACAGGUUUGGUAUUUGGUUGAAAAUUUAGUGAGAUGUUAUGGAAAUAUACAUAUCCAUAAGCUGACAUGACAUUGGACUGACCUGAGAAUUGUUGGUUAACAUCACCUCCUAUUUCCAAGACAGUUCCUCCCACCAGAUGCCUUGUAGCUCCACCGUCUGAGGAAGAUGUGGGUUUAGAGAACGCAAAUGGAAAGGUAUGAGUGUGUGUAUGAAACAAAUAGCAUGAGAAUGACAAAAACUGGACAGCUAUAAAGCAGACAUUAGAGCAUGUUUCCUGACUAGUUUGGUCCAUUUUUCUGUUAUCCUUACUGAAAGAAACUACCUUUCUUUCCCUCAAUUAUAAAUUUCCUGAAGUCCUUUGUUCAUCUGGCUGUUUUUUCUGUGACCACACAUCCCUCUUCCCUCAAAUUCUACAAAAAGAGACAGCCACUGGUGGCAUAUCUUUAAAGAGGGAAGAAUCUCACAAAUAUCUUGUCUCUGAGUAAAUAUAAAAUACUUUCUAAGCCAUGCUGCAAGAGAAUAGUUUUGUUUUUGUUUUUUAAAUCUGAAUGAAUAUGUCCACUAUUCACACACUGGAAUUGGGCAGCUGUAAACAAAUGGUGCAUGCUGUGCUGUUUGAUUAUUGUUUUUGAAAGAAAUCCAGUCGAAAAUCUCAAUUGAGUCUAUGCCUCUAACUGUUUCUAUUAGAUAAGGUGCUCUGUGACAAGGUGACAGCGAUUGUUUGAACUGACAAGAGGGCUUUUAAAUACCAUGAAUUAUAACUUCAUCAAAGAUUCACAGUCUUCCAUAAAGCAGCUGGGUUAAAUGUCAUUUUGACUUGUUUUAGUGCAGCUUUUAGCCUUCAAUACACUAUUUCCGUUUAAAGUGAAGAGGGGGAUUUAGCUUUAGUUGGUAAAAAUGUUCAGUCUAAUACAGGACAACAUUGCAGCAACACAACAAUUUCUGAGGGGUCUUUGAAAAGCUGCAUGAUUCUACUAGUUGCUGUGUAUCCAAAAUAACCUAUGAACACCAGAAGAGUUGCAUAUACACACGCACAUAUUCACACAAACAACAGUCCAUGUUGCUGCAAUACUGUGGACCGCUGACAGCAUUAAAUAUAAAAUAAAGACCCUCUCAAAUGACUACAGAGCACCACAGUUACAACAGCAGCAUGCCAUCGCUGGCUAAACUGUAAUAACCCCUUCCAGGUGAUUUGUGAGAAAUACAUGACUAUACAAUGCACACACUGCUUAGUUUCCUGAGUGUGAAAUACUUGUGAGAUGAACUUGGACUUGACAUGAUACCCUGUGCUGGGUUGUGGAGAAAAAAUAAAGAUUUCACCAUGACGGACAAAAAACAAAA